UAUCAGUAUGUAAUAACGCUACCGUUAAGUUAGCUACUUUCCUUUAGCGGAUGUGCUAACAUUAUCGAAACGAAAACCCUUUGCCAUCAACGUCAGCAGUAUUCAUAAAUAUACUUACAGCGUAUUAUUAGCGAGUCAAGGCUACUCUGCGAGCUAACACUAAACUAAGCUAGUUGUGUGGCAUUUUGAGUUUAUGGCAGACAGUGCUAGCUGAUAAUGUAAGCAAGAUAAACAGCAACGACUUCCUUAUAGUGUGUGAUCUUGGAUUUGAGUGGUACUGGAAAUUAUAUAUAUAUAAGUGUUGUAGGCUAUGAGUGUGGGUGAUGGAGGACAAUGAAUGUGGGGACUUGGACUACCUGGUCCAUGAUGAGGACACCUUCAUUGAGGGCAUCAGCAACCAGGUCUUAUUUGUUGUGGUACUCACUAUCACCUUCCUUGCAGGCCUCCUCACUCUGCUCUGCAGACAAGAGGAGCAGAACAUUCAUCCAGAGAAUCAAGAGCAUGUGCGAGCAGUGAGACAGCAGCUCCAAACAGAGCAGGAUGAAAAUUCACAGUCGGAGGCGAGGCAACAGUAUUACACAGACAUGUCUUGUCCUGUGUGUUUACAGCAGGCUGUACUGCCUGUAGAAACCAACUGCGGACACCUUUUCUGUGGCUCCUGCAUUAUAGCCUACUGGAGGUAUGGCACAUGGCUGGGUGCCAUUCACUGUCCCAUCUGCAGGCAAAUGGUAACGCUGCUUUUUCCACUAUUUCAUGAGAACGCCGCUCCUCAGAGGGUCCAGGAUGGCGAGGCAGAACCUCAGCUGAUAUUAAGAGACCUUAACGAUUACAACCGCAGGUUCUCAGGCCAGCCAAGAUCUUACAUGGACAGGCUGCGCGAUGUGCCCACCCUGCUCCGCCACGCAUUUAGGGAGAUGUUCUCUAUGGGUGGCCUCUUCUGGAUGUUUAGAAUUCGAAUUAUUCUCUGCCUAGUGGGAGCGCUCACCUACCUGGCAUCGCCGCUCGACAUCAUCCCCGAGGCGCUUUUCGGUCUGCUGGGAUUCAUGGACGACUUCUUUGUGAUCCUACUUCUCUUUGUGUACAUCUCUAUCAUGUACAGGGAGGUGGUUACACAGAGACUGUAUGGUUAGGUGCUCAAAAGACGCCUGUGCUUGGUGCGGGAAGAGCGAACGCAGCAACUACGGGACAUGUAUUGACUGAAUAAAAGGAGAGCAGUUCAAAAAGAAAUGCUGGUUCUCUCAGAGAGGUUUGCUUUGAAGCCUGGGAUGUGACUUCCUAACUGGAGAGGGAUUGACAAACAAGGAACUCUGGAUAUUGGCUCUGUAUAUAUAAUUCUACAGUAUGGUUGAUAGAUCUAAUGACAUCAAGGCGAAAAAACAUCAAUUAAAGGGAAUGAAUGAAGGCAUUACAACAAGUUGUUUCAGAUAAUUGUACAUUGUAAUUAUGGAAACAAUUGUGUAACUUAAUGUGAUCUUUAAUUACUGUAUUAAUGGCAGUGUCUUGAUUAUAUUGCAUUUUAAAGUUGGUCGUCAGCGUCCAGAAGGUCGUCUGUGAGCAGAUCUAGCGUUUUUAAACCAUACUGUGGCUAUUACAAGCUACUCUGUCAAUGAAACUGUUCAUGCACUUAAUUAAGUCAUCUGUGACUACUAUGCAUAUUCAUUCGAAUAACAGAUUUACAUGCAUGUGUGAAAAUCACUGGAUCAUGUUACUUCCAACUGUUUACAUUUAUUGAUGAAAAUGGAACCUGAAUCUGAGCCAACUGACCAUGCAUAGGACAACUUCAAUUUUUCCAAAAGAAUCAAAGAGAAAUUAAAGGUCAUUGAAUGUAAGCUCAUGGAUUUAUAUGAAUGUUGACUUCCCUUGACACUUGGAGAUAAUAUUGAGUUUGGACGUUUGUCUUCUGUACAGGAUCCUAAUCCGGCUCAGUGAGUGAACAAAGCUUCUCAAAUAACACAAUUAAUGUUUGCUUACCCGUUGGUCAAUUAAAAAAAUCAAUAUUUAAAAAUGAAA